UGGGUGACGAGGAGCGAUCACCACCACCAGGAAAAAAAAUACCAGGAGCCAUAAAAUGCACGGACUACAAGGGUCCAUUUGACUGUCAGUAAGACGUUUUCGCAUUUUGAGGUUUUGGUCCUGGCGAGGUCUUUUACAGAACUCUAGUUUAAUACGAUGGAGAUCCUCUGUCAGGCCGAGCUUUCUGGUUUUUAGCCAGUCGGCUGCAAAUCCAGGGAUGGCUAGCUGAGCUAACCUAGCCAGCUAACAAUUAGCCUGUCCAUUUAGCUAUCCUGGUCACGGGAGCCUCGGUCUGCGAGAGGAUACCUGCUCUGAGCGCAGCUGUAAAGCGGUACUUUGAUUCGGGUUGUUACUGUUCGGCUCACUGUUCGUCGAGGGCUGGGAUAGCCUUUCUGUUUGUUCAGUGGACGGGCGCUCAUUGUCACUGCGCGGGCGUACGGUGUUGGUUUCGGGGCGGUUAGGCUUGCGCUCGGCCGGGCAACCAACGGAGGGAUUGUACAAAUGAGGCAGUGGCAAGCGGUUGUGUCCCACUGUCUCUGGGACCGAAGUUGGUAGUUUGAAAUUAAAACCCGUAUUUUUGACCACUGUUAUUCUUGCGGGCCAACCAGCUACGCGGGAACGGGGUUAAAAAAGUGUUGGCACGCUGAAAAUUCAUCAACUUGUCACGUUAGCGUGGUUGUAACAUUAGCAGCGCUUAGCUUACAAACUAACAUCAGCUCCUCUAGAAAGUGCAUCAGAUAAAAUUAUUUGCACAUUCGCUAGUCAUCUUGAAUGUUUGCAGACAUGUUGCAUUGCAAAUUUUCUGUGAUCAGCAGUCAGUACCUGUAGCCUGAGGAUUUACACAAGACUUUGACUAAGCUGUCAAAUAUUUGACACUUGACAGCAAUUUUACCAUCAACAAGGAAGGCCAUAUUCUGCAGCAAGCCUAUCGAGCUCGGUUAUCAGUGUCUGGAAAUAACUUGCUGAAAAGGGGACUUGUUGCCCAGAGUGGGUUUUAUUUAUUUGAUACUACGUGUGAGGUGUAGCCCAGCGCCCCUUGUCAGACGGGCUUUUCAGCUCAUGCGGUGAUGACUUUAGACUCCAUGAUGGCUUGUUGCCUGAGUGAGGAGGCGAAGGAGUCCAAACGAAUCAACGCUGAGAUCGAGAAACAACUCCGGCGAGACAAGAGAGAUGCAAGAAGGGAGCUGAAGCUUCUUCUGCUCGGUACUGGAGAGAGUGGCAAGAGCACUUUCAUAAAGCAGAUGAGAAUAAUCCAUGGGUCAGGCUACACAGACGAGGACAAGAAGGGCUUCACCAAACUGGUGUACCAGAACAUCUUCACCUCCAUGCAGGCCAUGAUCCGCGCAACUGAGACCCUCAAGAUCCCGUUCAAGUACGAACAGAACAAGAAUAAUGCCCAGCUGGUGCGCGAGGUGGACGUGGAGAAGGUGUCAUCAUUUGAUCAGCCGUACAUCAGCGCCAUAAAGAUGCUGUGGGCCGACCCUGGCAUCCAGGAGGCCUAUGAUCGCAGGAGAGAGUACCAGCUCUCCGACUCAACCAAAUACUAUCUAAGUGCUCUGGAUCGUAUUGCUGAACCGUCCUAUCUACCAACCCAACAAGACGUGCUUAGGGUUCGAAUCCCAACCACAGGGAUCAUAGAAUACCCUUUCGACUUGCAAAGCAUCAUUUUCAGGAUGGUGGAUGUGGGGGGUCAGAGGUCAGAGAGGAGGAAGUGGAUCCACUGCUUUGAGAACGUCACCUCCAUCAUGUUCCUGGUGGCGCUCAGCGAAUACGACCAGGUCCUGGUGGAGUCGGACAAUGAGAAUCGUAUGGAGGAGAGUAAAGCUCUGUUCAGGACCAUCAUCACAUAUCCCUGGUUCCAAAACUCCUCUGUCAUCCUCUUCCUCAACAAGAAGGACCUCCUGGAGGAGAAGAUCAUGUAUUCUCACCUGGUUGACUACUUCCCAGAGUUUGAUGGUCCCCAGCGGGAUGCUCAGGCAGGUCGAGAGUUCAUCUUGAAGAUGUUUGUGGACUUGAACCCAGACAGUGACAAGAUCAUCUACUCCCAUUUCACGUGCGCCACCGACACGGAGAACAUCCGCUUCGUCUUUGCAGCCGUCAAAGACACCAUCCUGCAGCUCAACCUCAAAGAGUACAACCUGGUGUGAAGGAGAAGCGGAAAGAGAGAGAGAGCAAGCAAGAGACCUGCAGCCUACCCCCCCCCCACACACACACACACAAAAUGCAGAGUCCACUUCACACACAUCUGCAUGAAACACACUCACAGCUUCAUACUUUAAUUGGCCCAACACUGACCGUGUUCUUUCCACUUAGCUCCUCAAUUGUUGGUUUGCCCACUUUUUCUAUUAAUUGCUCCUCUUGCACACACACACGAAACACACUCAAAUAUGACACUCCUUCCAUUUGUCCCCCUCUCUGUGGGGUUUUGGUCUGCUGUGGGGCUCCUCUCGGCCCUCUUUUGGCCCUUGGUGUGGCUCACAUUUUUUCUUUCUUUACACUACAUUAUCACCAGUACUUGUGUGUAUGAGAUGGGUAGAGGGCCUUCUCUGGGUAGAGUAUGGACAAAGGGUUCUCUCCCCUUCUUCUUAUUUAACCCAUGCAUGCUAUACACUACAGAAUGAGGGCAUGAGGCCAGGCUGCAGGCGCUGGACUCUGCUCAUCUGCAAAGGGUAACUAAUUACGAUGAUCAUCGGGCAGUGCUGGGGUGCAGUGAGGUACUUGGUUCCCCGUGGGUCUUGAAUUAUGUAUUAGAGUUUUUAUUUGUUAACCCUGCCCCAAACCAGAGCACAGGAGCUCUGUUGAAUGUAAAUAAAGUUUUCAUGCUGCUCACACAGAGUGAGGGCUAGACAGAGAUGACUACAAGUUCUCUGUAGACUUUAAAUAUUUUCAGCUAUAUUAAUUUCUUGGUUGUAUUAUUGCUACUAUUGUUCUCCAGUUGAAAUUGAAUUGAAGAUUACUACACAAAGGACUGCAACCCUCCAGAACGACUUACAAUAUGUUCCUUAUACACUGUCCCUAAAGUGUUAACAUAGAUCAUGAAACAAAAACUAAAGAGACACCUAAAGUAUUUACAUGCUGUAUAUCAACCCUUGUUAUUUUGUAUCACGUUGCCAAAUUCAAACCACAUACGUUUGUUCUGUAAAUAUAAUCACAUUGCCAGUAUCCUAUUCAUCCCUUAAGUGGUUCAGAUACUAACAGAACGUAUUUGGGAACUGGUAUUGCCAAAAUUAAGUGCUAAUGUUCUCUCAUUUUCAGAGGUUGAUGGCAUAACAACUCAGUUUGUGUGGCAUUUCUUUUAUGUCGGCAGUUGCCUGAAUCACACAUGUAUUAGUACUGUGAUUUAUUUUCGUUGAUUCCUUUGAUGGUGAGAAUAAUCAUCCUGUGCACAACGUGUGAAUGAUGAUACCAGAUUAGUACAGUGCAAUAGUCAGUUGUAGAUGAAAUAAAGCUUUUGCGCUGCCAGUUAGCUUCAGUCACAAGUUGGUCUUGAUCAUCCAAAUGGCUUCUCUGUGUAAUCGAAUUUAUUUUGCCAUAUUAUUCGGCCAACAUUUGAUAAUCUGUAACCGACAGCAAGAGAGUAAAUAGUUCUUUUUUUUUCUAUGUCUAAUUUAUCAAUCAGAUCUACGUAUUGUUGACACAGUAAAUGAGACAUCCUCCCUAGUUUCAGCGCAAAGUUUUUCCAACCCAGGAAAUGGGAGGAGAUUUUAUACUGCUGUAAAAUAUCAAAACUAUUUUAUUGACAAGUGUUCUAUCUUUCUAAUGAUACUUCAUAUAUUUAGUUGUUGCAGUUCUGUUUUGAAAUGCUUGGCAAUGGAAAGACACUGUUUCCAUGUCAGGUUUGUGCUUUAUGCAAAUAGGAAAAUGAAAACAGACAAAAAACUUAGUGGCUGAAUAUUUGCUGUUCAAGGAUGCUUGCAUUUUUUGUAAUUUUUAAAGGUAUGUUUUGGCUAUUGGUACCAAUCCCAUAUCGUGUCUCUUGCCUGAUAGUUGUUUAAAUAUUCCAUUAAGCUGAAAGUUGAUAGAUGGCUAUUUUUGUCUUCUCAAUGUAAUUCAGGUAAGUUUUCAUAACUUUUUCAUCACAAGGGCUACUGCUAGCAGCUUUGGUAGAAAUGAAAGGACUCUAUGGACGCCAUAGAGCAAAAAAAGGUGAAAUUAAUUAAUGAGCAAGGGGAGGGAGUGUGUUGACAUCCUUUUGAAAGUGAUGGCCGCAGGUUCAGUGAGGGAGGAAUGCAGCAGUCCACAGAUGCCUACAUGACAUUCCUGAGGGAAAGUCUGGUGGCUGUUUGGCUCUUCGUUCGCUAUCUUUUUGCCUUUAGAGGAGGAGAAUAGCUAUUGUCAAAAGAAGUGAACUUUCCCAAGGUGCAAAAAGCACAUUUUUACUGUUCUAGUUGUUGCACCUAAACAUCCUUAUGCUCUUCUCACGAAUUGUUUUCUAAUCUUCUUGGCUUAUUUCUACUUUUAUUAUGUGUUUAUGCAUAUUUGGCUUAUCUUCUCAUUGGUAGUGUUUCCAUCUUUGACUUUGACUUAGCCUGUGUUGGAGUCAGGAAAAAGGGAGUGCUGGGACAUUUUGACCUUUUUGUGCACGUAAAAAAAAAACUGGCAGAGUUAGGUUAGGCAUCAAAGAAAUAAUUACCUAUCUUAAGUUGUUUGCCAAAAGGUUUACACUUUAAAUUUUCUCGUGAAUUUUUUUCUUUUUCUUUUUUUGUGAUUUUUAGAUGUGCAUUCUGAAGCACUUAAUGAAGGAGGGACAUAUAUAUAUGCUAAGUGCCACAAUUUUUUAUGAGUUGAAACAACAUUGGAGAUGUUUGAAGCCUCUGACUUUGUCAAAGCAAGUUUAGUCAGUCUGUGGUCUUGUUUAUCCAGCUUUUAUUGAUAAAGGGUUUAUCUUUGGUGCUGUAACCGACAUUUAAAGGCCUUUUCUUGAACAAUCUGUCCCAUGUUUAGGGUUAAGUUUCACACACUCACUCGCUUACAGAAUUUCAUUUUGUGGGUGCCACAAUUCAGCACACUUUUCAGUUUGAAAUUAAGAGCUGACAGACUUUAGCUGAGUUUGGAAAGGAAUAUUGUGUUCAGCUUCACUGAACAACAUGAGGAUGUCUAUUUGUGUUUUUAACAUUCUCAGCUUGGCUUUCAGGGAGCACGCUCCAUUCCCCUUAACUGUGGCUUACCACCUUAAGGGCAGGUGUGUGGCCCCUUAAACUACAUCCUCAUAUAUGUACAUAUAUAUAUAUAUAUAUGAUUUGUUGUCUAGCAAACUGAGUUGAAAGGACUGCUGUGAGGACAAUAAAUAAAAUGAACAUGACCACUCCAGGAACCAGUGCUGGCAUGAUGACACACUCAAAAAAAAAAAAAGAAAAACUUGCAUCAGUUUUCACCAGCUGACAAUAAGUGUACUUCAUGCCUUGUCUGGCUAUGACAGCACCCAAACCAACACAGAAAAAGUAAGAUGUGUACACUACCAGUGAUUAGAGC